AUGUAUAUGGCCGACCGAUACCGAGCACCGAAAUCAAGACGUGAAUCGCAAUUGCGGUUUAAAAAGCGAAUAAUAAGAGCAGGUAACAAGCUCCAAUCGGCAGUGUUCUGGAAAUCAAACAAAAUAGUCAAACGAUCUUCGGGAUCGCGCGGGUUACGAGAUCUAAUGUGGUGGCAACCGACCAGUCAAGCGCAAAAGGAAUCCAAUCCACUAGACACUCUGGAUGGUCAACUAAACAGACUGCGACUAAGACUGCACUAG